AUGGAUGCCAUGUCAUGCCUGGCGCCGCCACCAUCGGCGUCGUUCCUCUCGGCCUCCUCGCCCGGGCCGGCCUACUACACCGACGCCGCCAUCACGCAAGCGCUGCACUUCUCCUCCAUGUCCAUGCCCCAGCACGAGUACGCUUACUCCCCCGCAGUCUCCUCCCCCUCCUCCGCCUCGGGGCCCUCCUCGUCCUCUCUCCUCGCGGACUUCUCAUGCGGCGCCGGGGACAGCAGCUGGUUCGCCUCCACGGCCGCGCCGCCGAUGGGAUCGCUCGCCUGCGACUCCGUCGCGCCGUCCACCCCCGUCCGCGCCACGGCGAACAAGAGGCGGGUCGGCCUUGGGCCCAACGCAGCGGGCGCCGGCCGGGCCGGGAAGCGGCGGGCGAGGCCGUCAAAGCGCGCGCCGACCACGUACAUCAGCACCGACGCCGCCAACUUCCGGCUCAUGGUGCAGCACGUCACGGGCGUCCAGGCCGAGCCCGGCGCGGCAGACGGCAGCGUCCUGCCCGCGUCGUCGUUCAACGCGUCGUCCCCCGCCCUGCUGCUGGAGCUGGACUGCACCGCUUUCGACGGCGCGUUCGGGGACGCGCUGCGGCUGCCGUCGGACGACGACGCGGCGGCGCUCCAUCGCCACCACCAACAGCAGCUGCAGCCGUGCUACCCGACGCUGGACUCGUGGAGCGUCAUGUACGAGAGCAGCCAGCUGCUGUAG